AUGUUCAGCUGGUUCAAGCGGCGGCUGAAGCCCACCGAGCCCGAGACCCCACCGCAAGCCCCGCCUCCACCCGCAAAGGAAGAAAAACCUCCGGAGAAAAAGGAGGAGCCCCCGAAAAAAGAUGAGGAGAAAAAAGAAGAAAAGAAAGAAGCAAAGGAGGAGGAGCCUAAACCAGCCCCUGCCCCGGCCGCACCUGCCCCGGCCGCACCUGCCCCGGCCGCACCUGCCCCGGCCGCACCUGCCCCUGGAGCUCCUGCCCCUGGAGCUCCUGCCCCUGGAGCUCCUGCCCCUGGAGCUCCUGCCCCUGGAGCUCCUGCCCCUGGAGCUCCUGCUGCUGCAAACCCAGAGGAGGGAAAAGGUGAUGAGCCGCCGAAGUCUCCUCCGCCCGUCGUCUACUCUCGUUACGCAGACGACCAUCUCCGAGCCGUGGGCAAACUACUCAAAGAUCGAACAAAAGAGCUGAAAGAAAAAGUCAUAGAUCCAUACGCCACGUCUCCAGAAAUCACCCCCCCUGUCACUCCCAUUUAUAAAAAGGAGGACUACAUCCGAAUGAAGGAGGAGGAACGCAUCGCCAAGGAGGAGGCGGACAAAAAGAAAGCAGAGGAAGCGGCCAAAAAGGCGGAGGAGAAGAAGAAGAAAGACGAGGAGAAGCGUCUGGAGGCUGAGAAAAAGGCAGAAGAAGAGAGACUGGCAGCAGAGGCCAAGAGGAAACAGAGGAUCCUCCCAGAAUUCCACUGUCGCUGUUUCGACGUUCUGUUCCACCCCAUCGAGGCCAAGAUGGACGAGGUGCUGGGGUCCACCAUAGACCCCUUCACAGAUCGGAGGUACAUUUCGUGGAUGGCGUUCGUCGCCGUGGCGUACAACUAUAACGUGUGGCUGUGUACGGCUCGUCUGGCGUUCCCCUUCCAUAACGCCGUCGUGAACCCCUUCUGGAUCUUCUUCGACGUCGUCAGUGACAUCAUCAACGUCAUCGACAUCAUCAUCUGGCAGCCCCGCCUCCAGUUUGUGAAAGCCGGAGACAUAAUCAAAGACAGAGUCAUGACCAAAGAACAUUACCGGAAAUCCCCCAAAUUUAAGACCGACCUGUUCAGCAUCGUUCCGUUCGACCUGCUCUGUUUACACUUUGAGUUCUCGUCUGUUUAUCGUCUCAACCGUUUCAUCAGACUCGAUUCUUUUUUUGAGUUCAGUGAUCGUCUGGAGAGCAUCAUGGCGAAGGCUUAUAUCUGGAGAGUGGCUCGUACGACCGGGUACCUCCUGUACGCGCUGCACCUUAACUCCUGCAUCUACUACGUGGCCUCGCUCCACCAGGGCCUGGGCACCAGCCACUGGGUCUACGACGGGAACGGGACGGCAUAUCUCCGGUGUUAUUAUUUCGCCGUGCGGAGUCUCAUAAACAUCGGCGGUCUCCCAGAGCCGACCAACACGUACGAGAUUUCCUUCCAGAUGCUGAACUUCUUCAUCGGCGUCUUCGUCUUCUCCAGUUUGAUUGGACAGAUGAGGGACGUGAUCGGCGCGGCCACGGCGGCGCAGACGUACUUCAGAGCGUCGAUGGACGACUGCGUGUCCUACAUGAACACGUACCACAUCCCCAAGAUGGUUCAGAACAGAGUCCGAAUGUGGUACAACUACACCUGGGCCGCGCAGGGCAUGCUGGACGAGUCGGAGCUGCUGGAUAAAAUGCCUUUAGUGAUGAAGACGGCGAUCGCUGUGGACAUCAACUUAGCGACUUUCCAGAAGAUUGACCUGUUCAAGGGCUGUGAUCAGCAGAUGUUGGUGGACAUGCUCCUCAGGCUCAAGUCCAUCAUUUAUCUUCCUGGAGACUUUGUGGUCAGAAAAGGCGACAUCGGUAAAGAGAUGUACAUCAUAAAGAGCGGAGCGGUGCAGGUGGUGGGAGGACCCGACAACAGCAUCGUGUUUGUGACUCUGAAGGCCGGAUGUGUGUUUGGAGAGAUCAGUUUACUCCAGUCGGCCAAAGACGGAGGAAACAGACGCACCGCCAACGUAAAGGCCCACGGCUUCGCUAAUCUGUCUGUGCUGGAGAAGAAGGAUCUGUUCGACAUCCUGGUUCAUUAUCCCGAAUCGCAGAAAGUGUUGGCCCGGAAAGGAAGGAAACUGAUGAAGGCCAAAGCUCCGACCGGAGCCAAAGCCGAGGACAAACCCAAAGGAAUGACGCUCUUUCAAAAUAAACCACCAACGCCAAAAAUGUUCCGAGCUCUGCGGAAACUUAAGAACUCGGCUACAGAGCAGAAAUAA